ACAAGGUAAAACAUGGGGGAUGCUGCCAUGAAAGAGUUUGGGGCAGCAGCCCCAUACUUGAGGAAGUCUGACAGGGAGCGUCUGGAGGCCCAGACCCGACCCUUUGACAUGAAAAGGGAGUGUUUCGUUCCGGAUCCUGAGGAAGAAUAUGUGAAGGCAUCCAUUGUCAGCCGUGAGGGGGACAAAGUCACUGCUCAGACUGCCAAAGGGAAGACUGUUACAGUGAAGGAGUGCGAUGUACAUCCUCAAAACCCCCCAAAGUUUGAUAAAAUUGAAGACAUGGCGAUGUUCACCUUCCUCCAUGAGCCAGCUGUGCUGUUUAACCUCAAAGAGCGUUAUGCGGCAUGGAUGAUCUAUACCUACUCUGGGCUGUUCUGUGUUACUGUCAACCCCUACAAGUGGCUGCCAGUCUACAACCAGGAGGUGGUUGUUGCCUACAGAGGAAAGAAGAGGAGUGAAGCUCCUCCUCACAUCUUCUCCAUCUCUGAUAAUGCAUACCAGUACAUGCUGACAGACAGAGAAAAUCAGUCUAUCCUCAUCACUGGAGAAUCCGGUGCUGGAAAAACUGUCAACACCAAAAGAGUAAUUCAAUACUUUGCAAGCAUUGCAGCUGGAGGAGGAAAAAAGGAUGCAGGCACCGAAAAAAAGGGUACCCUGGAAGAUCAAAUUAUCCAGUGCAACCCUGCUUUAGAAGCCUUUGGGAACGCAAAGACCAUCAGAAACGAUAACUCAUCCAGAUUUGGGAAAUUCAUCCGCAUCCACUUUGCUGCCAGUGGAAAGCUGGCGUCAGCAGACAUUGAAACAUAUCUGCUGGAGAAGUCCCGUGUCACCUUUCAACUCAGAGCUGAGAGAGAUUACCACAUCUUUUACCAGAUUUUGUCUCAGAAGAAACCUGAGCUGCUUGAAAUGCUACUCAUCACCAACAACCCCUAUGACUACGCCUUCAUCUCCCAAGGAGAGACAACUGUUGCGUCGAUUAAUGAUGCUGAGGAGCUUUUGGCAACUGAUGAAGCCUUUGAUGUGCUAGGCUUCACCCAAGAUGAGAAAAAUGGUAUCUACAAGCUGAUCGGUGCUAUUAUGCAUUUUGGUAACAUGAAGUUCAAGAACAAGCAGCGAGAAGAGCAAGCAGAGGCAGAUGGCACUGAAGAUGCUGAUAAAGUAGCUUAUUUGAUGGGCUUGAACUCUGCUGACCUGAUCAAAGGUCUCUGUCACCCAAGGGUCAAAGUAGGAAAUGAGUGGGUCACCAAAGGACAAAAUGUUCAGCAGGUGUACUAUGCUGUUGGGGCACUGUCCAAGUCAGUGUACGAGAAGAUGUUCCUGUGGAUGGUGGUGAGGAUUAACCACUCACUGGACACCAAGCAGCCACGACAGUACUUCAUUGGAGUGCUGGACAUUGCUGGAUUUGAGAUUUUUGAUUUCAACACCUUUGAGCAGCUGUGCAUCAACUUCACCAAUGAAAAACUGCAACAGUUUUUCAACCAUCACAUGUUUGUGCUGGAGCAAGAAGAGUACAAGAAAGAAGGAAUUGAAUGGACCUUCAUUGAUUUUGGUAUGGAUCUCCAGGCCUGUAUAGACCUGAUUGAAAAGCCCAUGGGUAUCAUGUCCAUCCUUGAAGAGGAGUGCAUGUUCCCGAAAGCCAGUGAUGCCACCUUUAAAGCUAAGCUUUAUGACAACCACUUAGGGAAAUCCAGCAACUUUCAAAAGCCUAGAAAUGUCAAAGGAAAACCAGAGGCCCACUUUGCCCUGGUUCAUUAUGCAGGAACUGUUGAUUAUAACAUCAACAACUGGCUGGUGAAGAACAAGGAUCCUCUGAAUGAGACUGUGGUUGGACUUUUCCAGAAGUCAACCUUAAAGCUUUUGGCCAAUCUCUUUGCCAAUUAUGCUGGAGUGGACUCAGCUGAAACUGGAAAAAGUGGCAAGGGAGGAGGAAGCAAGAAGAAGGGCUCAUCUUUUCAAACUGUUUCAGCAUUGCAUAGAGAGAACUUGAACAAGCUGAUGACCAACCUGCGGUCCACCCACCCUCACUUUGUGCGCUGCAUCAUCCCCAAUGAGACCAAGACUCCUGGGGCCAUGGAGAACCCUCUGGUGAUGCACCAGCUGCGCUGUAACGGCGUGCUGGAAGGCAUCAGGAUCUGCAGAAAGGGCUUCCCAAACAGGAUCCUCUAUGGGGAUUUCAAGCAGAGAUAUCGCAUCCUGAAUCCAGCUGCCAUCCCUGAGGGUCAGUUCAUUGACAGCAGGAAGGGAGCAGAGAAACUUCUUGGGUCUCUAGAAAUUGAUCACAACCAGUACAAGUUUGGCCACACCAAGGUGUUCUUUAAGGCUGGUCUUCUUGGACAAUUGGAGGAGAUGAGAGAUGAUCGCCUGUCUCUCAUCAUCACAGGAAUACAGGCUAGAUCAAGAGGGCUGCUGGCAAGAGUAGAAUUCCAGAAGAUUGUAGAAAGAAGGGAUGCUCUACUUGUGAUCCAGUGGAACAUUCGUGCCUUCAUGGGGGUCAAGAAUUGGCCUUGGAUGAAGCUGUACUUUAAGAUCAAACCUCUACUGAGAUCUGCAGAGGCAGAGAAAGAGAUGGCCAAUAUGAAGGAAGAAUUCCUGAAGCUCAAAGAGGCUUAUGCAAAAUCUGAAGCUCGUAGAAAGGAACUAGAGGAAAAAAUGGUCUCCCUUCUUCAAGAGAAGAACGACCUGCAGCUCCAAGUACAUGCUGAGCAAGAUAAUCUUGCUGAUGCAGAGGAGCGUUGUGAAGGGCUGAUCAAACACAAAAUUCAGGCGGAAGCAAAGGUCAAGGAGCUAACUGAGAGACUGGAAGACGAAGAGGAGAUAAAUGCUGAAUUGACAGCUAAGAAGAGAAAGCUGGAAGAUGAGUGCUCCGAGUUAAAGAAGGACAUUGAUGAUCUGGAGCUAACUCUGGCUAAAGUGGAGAAGGAAAAGCACGCCACUGAGAACAAGGUGAAGAACUUAGUUGAGGAGAUGGCUGCUUUGGAUGAAAUCAUAGCCAAGCUUACCAAGGAGAAGAAAGCUUUACAAGAAGCUCAUCAGCAAACGCUGGAUGACCUGCAGAGUGAAGAAGACAAAGUCAACACUCUGACCAAGGCCAAAGCUAAGCUGGAGCAACAAGUGGACGAUCUUGAAGGUUCUCUAGAACAAGAGAAGAAAGUUAGAAUGGAUCUUGAGAGAGCAAAGAGGAAACUGGAGGGUGACUUGAAACUAACUUUGGAAAGUUUAAUGGACCUGGAAAAUGACAAACAACAACUAGAGGAGCAUCUAAAAAAAAAGGACUUUGAACUCAGUCAGCUCAACAAUAAGAUAGAAGACGAGCAGGCCAUUUCCAUUCAGCUUCAGAAGAAACUGAAGGAGCUUCAGGCUCGCAUUGAAGAACUUGAGGAAGAACUGGAGGCAGAGCGAGCUGCUCGAGCCAAAGUGGAGAAGCAAAGAGCAGACUUGGCUCGGGAGCUGGAGGAGAUCAGUGAGAGGCUGGAGGAGGCUGGAGGAGCCACAACUACCCAGAUCGAGAUGAACAAGAAGAGGGAGGCCGAGUUCCAGAAACUCCGCAGAGACCUCGAAGAGGCCACUCUGCACCAUGAAUCCACAACUGCAAGCCUCAGAAAGAAACAAGCAGACAGUGUGGCUGACCUGGGAGAGCAGAUUGACAACCUGCAGAGAGUCAAGCAGAAACUGGAGAAGGAGAAGAGUGAACUCAAACUGGAGCUGGAUGAUGUGGUUUCCAACAUGGAACAUGUUGUAAAGACAAAGACUAAUUUAGAGAAAACAUGCAGAACUUUGGAAGAUCAAAUGAACGAAUACAAGAAUAAGUUUGAGGAAGCUCAACGCUGCAUCAAUGACUUCAACAUGCAAAAAGCAAAACUUCAGACAGAAAAUGGUGAGCUCUCUAGGCAGCUGGAGGACAAAGAUUCCAAGGUAUCCCAACUGACAAGAGGAAAAAUGUCAUAUACUCAACAAAUUGAAGACCUGAAGAGGCAGCUAGAAGAGGAGAGCAAGGCCAAGAACGCCUUAGCCCAUGCUGUGCAGUCAGCUCGUCAUGACUGUGACCUCCUCAGGGAGCAGUAUGAGGAGGAGCAGGAGGCCAAGGCUGAGCUGCAGCGCAGCAUGUCCAAAGCCAACUCCGAGGUGGCUCAGUGGAGAACCAAGUACGAAACUGACGCCAUCCAGAGGACUGAGGAACUGGAAGAAGCCAAGAAGAAGCUGGCUCAGCGUCUGCAGGAGGCUGAGGAAGCUGUUGAAGCAGUGAAUGCUAAAUGUUCCUCCUUGGAGAAGACCAAACACAGACUGCAGAAUGAGAUUGAAGAUCUCAUGGUGGAUGUGGAGAGGUCAAAUGCUGCUGCUGCUGCUCUGGACAAGAAGCAGAGGAACUUUGACAAGGUCUUGUCAGAGUGGAAGCAGAAGUAUGAAGAGUCUCAAUGUGAGCUGGAGAGCUCUCAGAAGGACGGCAGGGCCUUAAGUACUGAGCUUUUCAAACUUAAAAACUCCUACGAAGAAUCUCUGGACCAUCUGGAAACCAUGAGGAGAGAGAACAAGAACCUUCAAGAGGAAGUUUCUGACCUCACUGAGCAACUUGGUGAGAGUUCAAAGAACAUCCAUGAACUGGAGAAGCUGCGAAAGCAAUUGGAACAAGAGAAGAGCGAGAUCCAGUCUGCUCUCGAGGAAGCUGAGGCUUCUCUUGAACACGAGGAAGGCAAGAUUUUAAGGACCCAGCUGGAAUUCAAUCAAAUAAAAGCAGAAAUUGAAAGGAAACUAGCUGAGAAAGAUGAAGAGAUGGAGCAGAGCAAGAGGAACAUGCAGAGGACCAUUGACACCCUGCAGAGUUCUCUGGAGGCAGAGUGCCGCAGCAGGAAUGAAGCUCUUCGUAUUAAAAAGAAGAUGGAGGGAGACCUCAACGAGAUGGAGAUCCAGCUCAGCCAAGCCAACAGGCAGGCAGCUGAAGCCCAGAAACAGCUGAAGGCUGUCCAUGCUCAUCUGAAGGAUUGUCAGAUUCAGCUGGACGAGUCAGUGAGAGCCAAUGAUGACCUGAAAGAGAACCUAGCCAUCAUUGAAAGACGCAACAACCUGCUUCAGGCUGAACUGGAGGAGCUGAGAGCUGCUCUGGAGCAAACUGAAAGGAGCCGCAAACUGGCCGAGCAAGACCUGCUGGAUGUCAGUGAGAGGGUGCAGCUGCUGCACUCACAGAACACAGGGCUGAUAAACCAGAAGAAGAAGCUGGAGUCUGAUACAGUGCAGCUUCAAACAGAGGUUGAAGAUGCAGUGCAGGAGUGCAGAAAUGCUGAAGAGAAGGCCAAAAAGGCCAUCACUGAUGCCGCCAUGAUGGCAGAGGAACUGAAAAAAGAGCAGGACACCAGCGCUCACCUGGAGCGCAUGAAGAAGAACAUGGAACAAACCAUCAAAGACCUGCAGCACCGUCUGGAUGAAGCUGAGCAGAUCGCCAUGAAGGGAGGAAAGAAGCAGGUGCAGAAGCUUGAGGCCAGGGUUAGGGACCUUGAGAAUGAAGUGGAGUUGGAGCAGAAGAAGAGCAGUGAUGCCGUCAAGGGAAUCCGUAAAUAUGAGAGACGCAUCAAGGAGCUCACAUAUCAGACUGAGGAGGACCGUAAGAACACUGCCCGCCUGCAGGAUCUGGUUGACAAACUGCAGCUGAAGGUUAAGGCUUAUAAGAGAGCAGCUGAGGAAGCUGAGGAGCAAGCCAACACUCACCUGACUAAGUUCCGUAAGCUGCAGCAUGAGCUGGACGAGGCUGAAGAAAGAGCCGACAUCGCCGAGUCUCAGGUCAACAAGAUACGCGCCAAAACCCGCGAUGUGGGGUCAAAGAAAGGGCUAGAUGAGGAGUGAAACUCACUGACGGCCACCUAAGACCCGUGGGUUCUUCUGUGCUGUGGUCACCUUUGUUUGCAAAGUAACUGUAGAAUAAAGCAAAAUGCAUGUAAAUCAA